GUUUGAUAAUCUGUGGUUAUUUUAUUAGGUUAAGAUAUUUUCAAUGUUUUUGGAUGAUACAAAACAUUCUUCGUGUUUACAACAAAUACUUUUAAGUAAAAGUAUUUGUUGGUUUGCAACCACUAUUUACUCUUAUCAAGCCAUAUGCAAAUCUAAUUAUUCCCUUCAAAAUGUCAAACAAUAGUUUUGAUUUCUGCAAAUUAUGCUGUGCAUCCAGAGGAUUGAUAAAUAUGUUCACUGGAAAAUGCCGAUCAUUUCGAAACAUUCUUCGAAAAAUUAUUAAGGAAACUCUCUGUAUUGAAGUUGAACUUGAUGAUGAUUUUAAAUCUAUAUGUAUCAACUGUUUAAUUGACGUCACAAACUUCUAUUAUUUUAAAUUGAAUUGUCAUCAAACUCAAAUUAAGUUAAAGCACAACGGACCUAUUAUUUCUGUUGCCAAAAAACCAAGGAUCGAAAAAACUCAUCUGGAUGAAAUAGAGCUACCUGAUAUUGCAACAAUUACAAACGUUCUGGAUUGGCUAGCACUAAAGCAAAAGGAUGAUAAAAAUUCACCGAAGUUUCUUGAGUACGAGAAAGCGAAAGUUAACUCGGUAGCAUGUCAGACGGCUUCUAUUGAAUUGAGGAACCAAUCAUGUGAAACAACUUACAUUAAACUGAAAAAUCAGUCAUGUCAAACGACGUCUAUUAAAAUGAGGGUUCAGUCAUGUCAAGCAAAUUUAUAUAGACCUGCUCAAACUAUUUGCAAAACUGAAGAUGUUUUAACCACCUCACGUCCUCAAAAGACAACUAAAGCUUUAAUUAAUAAAAGUGUGCAGUGUAGUUUGCGGUCUUUCAAAAGUGAUCGACCCUCCGUCAAAAAUAACUUGAACUUAAAUAAAGGCUGUCAAACGGAUUUAAGAACGAUAAAACUGGAACCAAAUCAGACACACUGUGACUUAAAAAAACCAUUUUGGAAGAAUGAUGUUUUGAGCCCAGAAGCUGAAUACUUGCAAAAUCAAAAGUUGGGAACAGAGCCGUGUAGUGAUAAAAAUCAGUUAUCCGAAAACUCUAUGCAAUCUGUUUCGAAGUCAAUAACAAAGGCCUGUAUUUCGCCGGCUACUUCUAACUUGCUGCAGGUGAAAUCAAAAAAAUCUAUGAAAGUAACGAUUUGCCAAAUUUGUGAUCAAAGUCUGUACAGUGCGCGUGAAGUAAAUAAGCACAAGCAAACUCAUAUGUGGUGCCACAUCUGUAAUAAAAGAUUUAAAACUACAAAACUUGCUCAAGGCCACAUCUAUUCAUCUCAUGUACGUAAACAUCAAGAUACCGAAAAUCUGAACAAACGUAAUUGGGCGGCUUAUGUUGACCUUUUAAAAGUAGAUGGUUGUCCUUCAUUCAAAAUUGAGUACCCUUUAGCGUAUCAAUAUUUAAGUGAUUUGAGUUUAAAAAAAUAAUCUUUUGUCCACUUAUAGGCUCCACCAGUAUUUAUAAUGCAUGUUAAAAAGUAUGCGUCGAUGGAAGAUCGGUUUGCUUUUAAGUUAAAUUAUCCAUCAGACUUUUUGCAGGAAUCAAUACUUGUGAGCUAAUUUCAUUAUAUACAGUUUACUUCAAA